AAAAUUCGUAGUGGGUUCCAUAUAAUAUUAAAAGAAUACCGGAUUCAAAAUCUAUCCAUAAGCAAAUUGCUUUUUUAUCGUUCAAAAAAAAAAAAAAAAGUCUAAAUACUGUGUAAUCAAUUUUUAAGUCGAUCCAUAGACCCGACUACUAACACAACACUAUGAAGCCGCCAUGCAUUUGUAUAAAUAUAAUGAUAUCUCUGUAGUUUGUAUCAUCACAUUCAUAAUUCUAUCGUAGAAAACAUGGAGUUGUUUCUCCCGUAUUCUAUGAGCAUAGCAGCCAUCUUUUUUGCUAUUCUGCUACAAAUCUUGAAAGGAAUUAAGAGCGGAAACAAAGCGAAGAACAGAAAAGCACCAGAAGCAAAGGGCAAAUGGCCUGUAGUCGGACACCUACACCUUCUCGGCGGACCUGAACCACAUCACAUUACUUUAGCUAACAUGGCAGAUACAUAUGGCCCUAUCUUCACCAUCAAGCUUGGUGUUCACAAUGCUUUGGUGGUGAGUAAUAGCGAGAUAGCAAAAGAGUGCUUUACAAAAAACGACAAAGCCUUCUCAAGUCGACCCAAGUUAAUGGCAGUAGAACUCAUGGGCUAUAACUAUGCGAUCUUUGCACUAGCUCCGUAUGGGGCCUACUGGCGCCAAGUGCGCAAAAUCAUCAUGCUCGAGGUUCUCUCUACACGAAGAGUGGAGAUGCUUGGGCCUGUUCGAUCUGCAGAGCUUAGAGAAUCCAUGAAAGAUCUAUACGACGUUUGGGUAAAGAAUAAAGAUGAGAGUGGAAGUAGUUCAGAUAUGGUGAAGGUGGAUAUGCAACAAUGGUUUGGGAACUUGGUAUUAAAUAGUCUUAUUAAGGUUGUCACAGGAAAGAGGUUUGCUCUCGAUGAUGAAGAAGGGAUUCGAUUUCGAAAAGUGGCAAACAGAUUCUUUCAGUUAUUGGGCGGAUUUGUGGUGUCUGAUUAUAUUCCAUCUCUCAAGUUUCUAGACAUAGGAGGAUACAAGAAAGAAAUGAUAAUCACAGGACAAGAAAUGGACAACUUCUUUGAUCAAUGGUUAGAGGAGUACAAAAGAGAGAGAGAGUCUAAGCAGCAAAAUGAACGCGACAAAGUCCUCAUGGAUGUGCUGAUUUCCAUUCUUGAAGGUGCCUCCGAAGAGGAAUUCCCCGGUCAUGAUCAUGCUACCAUAAUCAAGGCCACAUGUUUGACCAUGGUUAUUGGGGGAUUGGACUCAACAUCUGUGGCUUUAACAUGGGCUUUGUGUUUAUUGCUCAACAACCCAAGAACUUUAAAACUUGCUCAAGAUGAAAUUGAUGAGCAUGUUGGAAGGAAGAGACCAGUAGAAGAGUCAGACCUGAAAAACUUAGUCUACAUGGAUGCAAUCUUGAAAGAAACACUCCGUUUAUACCCACCUGGACAUCUCGGCCUUCCAAAGGAGACCUUGGAGGAUUGCAUUGUUCAGGGCUACAACAUCCCCAAAGGAACACGUGUGAUGUUGAAUCUCUGGAAACUUCAUCGUGAUCCUAACAUAUGGCCAAAUCCCACCGAAUUUCUUCCGGAAAGAUUCUUGACAACUCAUAAAGAUAUUGAUCUCAAGGGACACCAUUUUGACUUGCUUCCUUUCGGUUCUGGCAGAAGAGUGUGCCCUGGUAUUUUAUUUGCUAUGCAGGCUACACGUUUAGCGUUAGCUACUUUAAUACAACAAUUUGAGCUUAAAACCCCAUCAAAUGAACCCGUUGAUAUGAAAGAAAUCUUUGGAGUGACUUGCAGCAAAGCAACCCCACUUGAGGUCCUUAUCUCUCCCCGUUUACCCCUUGAUAUGUACCCUGUUGGUGCAUGAGAUUUCAACUGUAUUCGAGGAGGAACUUUGAACCGCUAUCAUCUUUUUUUAAAUAAUUGUAGUUUGUAAUAAUGGCUCUCUAUGCGCUAUGUUCUGCUAUG